UUGUUUUUUUUGGUUAUUAGGUGAAGAAUAAAAAAUGGAUCUUGGAAAGAACUUGGUCAGUAUCAAGAUGGAAAAUAUCGAUCCAUCGGAGAGAGCAGAGUACUUAGAGGAGUGGGGGUGUACGGGGGUUUGUUUUGAACAAACUAAGAUUAUAAACGAAAAGAAUGUGACGAUAUCUGAGCUGUAUAAAAAGAUCAUGUAUAUGAAAGACGACUUCUUGAAAAUCGAUCGGAACAUGAAAACAUGCAACGAUAAGAUCAAGAAUUUAGAAACGAAUGAAGCCCGGAUGAACAAAGAGGUUGAAGAAUUGAAGCUACAAAAAUUUGAAGCGGAUCGAAUGAUUGAGAUAUUAAGGGUCCGACUAUCGGGAUCCGAAGAAAUGGAGAGUGGAUUAAGGGGCCGUUUGUCGGAAUCCGAAGAAAUGGAGAAGGGACUAAAGGCGAAAUACAUGGAAGUUUGUGGGAUUUUGGAUCGGUUAAGUAGACAAAAAUUGGCGUCAGAAUCGCAGAUAGUGGAGUUGGAAGAAACCGUGAGGAGAAGCGAUGAGGAAAAAAAGGAAAAAGAUUGUAUUGUGGCGGAGUUACGGCGGCAGAAGAUGGUGGCUGAGGAGGCAGCUGAGAUUCAAAAGAUACAACACGAUAAAGCCGUUGAAGAAAUGGCGGGAAAAUUAGAAGAAGCUGAUUCGAUGGCGAAUGAGCUGAGACAAACGGUUGAGGAGUUGAAGCAGCAGAAUUUGGCGGCUUAUAAGGCGGCUCAAGUGUUCAAUAACAAGUUCGAUGAUUUGACAGCUGGACUGGAGAAUUUGUUGAGUGCCAUAAAGGACGAUGCGGUAAAUCUCGAGAAGAACGAGGGCGGUUUGGACAUUUUUCCGGUUUCUAGUAUUGGGAAGCGAAGUUCUUCGGGAAGUGGGACCGGUCGAGGUAUUCGUUGGUUGCAGGAAAGAGAUAAUACUAGCUUGGCUAGAGAUACUCUUGAAAUAACAGAAAAACUCGGUAAUGAAAACGAAACAGACUGCAUGGUUAUUUCGGCCAUGCCUUCAAAUAGGAAAAGAAGCAAACUUUGUAAUGAAAACGAGUUAGUGAAUCUCGAGGCCGAUUCCGUUCUUGAUGACGUGGACGAGAGUUUUACGGUUGCUAAUAAGGCUGCUCAAGUGUUUGAAAACAAGUUCGACGAUCUGACAGCUGGACUAGGGAAUUUAUCGAGUUCCACAAUCGAGGAUGUAGUAAAUCUCAAGAACACGAACGAGGGUGUUAAAUCGGCAAGGGUGCGUGGCUCCGUUUUCGGUUCUGUUUAUAGCCGACGUACUCAUUUGCAUGAAAGAGGUGCAGAAAAUACUAGCUUGGCUAGAGAGAUCAUUGAUUGUGACGAAGAAACAAUUUACGACAGAACUGCAAAUAUGUGCACAAAUUUGUGUGAAACGGAAAAUAUUAUUUGCAGGAAAAGAAGCAAGCUCGGUAAUGAAAACGAGAUUGAUGACGAACCGAAUCAAGAAUCAACUCACAAUGAGCAUUCAUUUUCUAGAGGAAAGAACAACUCGAGCAAAAAAUGGAUGUGUGGGGCCCACAUGCUUGAGGCCUUUGAGGAAGACGAAGAGCUAUGUAUGAAUGCCGUGUGUGCACUUUACCGAGUUUCUGCACGAGAAUCACUUUGCCACUUUGAGAUGAUGAGGGGACGUGAUUUCGCGGAGUGUUUGAUCGAUGGGGAUCCGGAGCUUAGAUUAAAGAAAUCCCUCAUAUCGGCUGUCGAAGCACGUUUGAUGAGCUGUGACCGGAAAGUUGUCAUUUUGAGGCGGUGGAAUUCGGAUUUAUGGCAGCAGAAAUUGGAGGCUGAGCAAGCUGUCAUAAUCAACCGCGUAUUGUCCGGUCAAACCGUGGCGGAGAUGAAGCUGAGAUUAUCGGAGGCUACUUGCUCGAUUGCGGAAUUGAAUUCGCGUGGAGAAGAAAAAUGGAUGAGUGGGGCCCACAUGCUCGUGGCUUUAGAUGAGGAUGACGAGCUUUGCAUGGAUGCCGUGUGUGCGCUCUAUAGGAAGGAAGUUUCUAGAACGGAAUCUGAUCGAUUCCGUUCGCACUUCGAGGCGAUGAGGUAUUAA